AUGGAAUGGAUAAGGAAAUGCCAUAGAAGGGUCCACACUUAUCAAGAUUUAACCAAUACAAUUUCAAAGCCAAAUGCUUACUAUUAUCCAAGCACACUGAAACCACAAGAAGAACAUUUCUUGUUCUUGACAUAUAGAAAUGUAACAAUUCAUUUCAAGAAAAUGCACAUACACACACACACUAAAAUUAUGGCUCAGUUAUUGUCUUCUACAGUAGCAGUAGCUACACUAACCUCAUUAUCAACAACAAAGAAGAAUGCUAGUUUGGUGAGCUCUUCUAGAGUCUUGGAUUUUCAUCAUCAAGGCGGCGAAUCGGAUGCAAAUAUUGUCUCUCGCAGGAGUUUGGCGUUGAGUUUGGCAGGAGUCGCGGUGGCGCUGAAUGCAGGUAACAAGACAGCACAUGCUGCUGCAAGAAGACCACCACCACCACCACCAACGGAGAAAAAGGAUCCAAAUGUCAGCGGUGUCUUGGCUAAAGUACUAGCUAGUAAGAGGAGAAAGGAAGCUAUGAAAGAAUCCAUCGCGAAGCUAAGAGAGAAAGGGAAGCCUAUCAAAGAAUCGUCUGAAUAGUUUGUGUUGGCUAUGUCUAUUAAGAGAAUUUGUUGCUCGCUCGAUCUUGUUUGUCUUGAUUUACAUAGAUGAUUUGUAAGGCUCGGAAAAUUAGAAGUCGAUUCUAUCAAUAAUGAGAUCAAUGGUGAAAAAACAUCACGAAAGCCAUUCAUGUGUAGUUUUUGGCUUCAAAAA